AUGGGUCACCGUGCUUCGAUGAUUUGUUUUGUUGCUUUCAUUUUCACACUUACGGAGCUGGAGUUGGAUUCAUCGAAUUCAUUGGAUUCAUCGGAGUCUGCUGGUGUUGAUGUAGGAGGAACUGAUUCGACGGCUACUGGUAGAAGACUAGCAACCAAAGGACUGGAUGCAGUUGUGUUGCUUGUAGGAUCUACUACUGGUACCAGAGCAGAUAAUUUUGCUAAUUACGACACUUCGCUGGAAUCUGUUAGUAAUAAAUCCAGCGAAGAUCAAAAAAUAAAUUUAAAUACUACAGUGAAGCCUCCAGAAGAGCCGAAACUUCCGGAAGAUCUAAUUUCCCAAGAUGUGCUCUUGGAUCCAAACAUUGUGCUAGCUAGGCUGUCUCGAGACCUUCGGGGCAAUUACCAGCCCUAUUAUGGACACAGUUCUAAUUAUUGGCCGUCCAGACGUAUCAGUUCUAAGAAUAUUCAUAAAAAAUACAGAGGUGAUAAUAUCAAGCGCCGGUAUGAAGCUCCGAGGAUUAAGAUCUAUCCAGUGUUCCCUGGGAAAUAA